UAAACAGGUCUAUAUCGGAAAACACCAGAAAAACGGCGACGUUUUAGGCAUCGACGACGAAACGAAGAAGAAGAAGAGUGUAGUGCAGAGAGAGAGAGAAAGACAAGUUCCAAUGGCGGACGACGAGGCAGAGAUGUACGACGGAAUCAGAGCUGCUUUUCCUCUAUCGUUCGGGAAGCAAUCUAAGUCUCAAACCCCUCUCGAAGCCAUUCACAACACGACUCGUCGUUCCGUCAGCAACAACCCUCCGGAAAAAUCCUCCUCCGCCGCCUCCAAAACGACCGGCCUCCCUUCUCUCUCCUCCUCCUCCCAAACCUGGCUCAGCUCCAUCCGCGCCCCCAAAAACCCUAACCCCAAUCCCAACCCCAACUCCAACCCUAACGAGAACGACGAUGGCGAUGCCAUGGUUGGACCGCCCCCUCCGCCGCCGCAAUCCGAGCUUGGAGACGACGACGAUGGUGAGUUGAUUGGACCGCCGAGGCCGCCGGCUGGGUCCAAUAGGGACGAUUCCGAUUCCGAUUCUGAUUCGGAGGCGAAUUUCGAAAACAGGUUCCGAAUUCCGGUGAGCAAUGAGAUUGUUCUCAAGGGACACACAAAAGUCGUUUCCGCACUCGCCAUCGAUCACACUGGGUCUCGAGUUGUUUCAGGCAGCUACGACUACUCCGUGCGGAUGUACGAUUUCCAGGGAAUGAAUUCAAAGUUGCAGUCUUUCCGGCAGCUCGAGCCAUCAGAAGGCCACCAAGUUCGAACCAUCAGCUGGAGCCCCACGGCGGACCGGUUUCUCUGUGUUACUGGCUCGGCUACGGCGAAGAUCUAUGAUCGUGAUGGACUUACUUUGGGAGAGUUUGUAAAAGGGGACAUGUAUAUUCGUGAUCUCAAGAACACCAAGGGCCACAUAACUGGAUUGACUUGUGGAGAGUGGAAUCCUAAAAGUAAAGACACGAUUUUAACUUCGUCCGAGGAUGGAUCUCUACGUAUUUGGGAUGUCAAUGACUUCAAAAGUCAGAAACAGGUAAUCAAGCCAAAACUUGCUCGGCCUGGAAGAGUUCCGGUCACCACUUGUGCUUGGGAUCGCGACGGAAAACGUAUUGCAGGUGGUAUAGGAGAUGGUUCUAUACAGGUAUGGAACCUUAAGCCUGGAUGGGGAAGCAGGCCAGAUAUACAUGUUCAGAAUAGUCAUUCAGACGAUAUUACCGGGCUAAAAUUUUCUAUGGAUGGGAGAAUCUUACUAUCAAGAAGCCUUGAUGGGACAUUGAAGGUUUGGGAUUUGCGUCAGAUGAAGGAUCCUCUUAAGGCAUUUGAGGAUCUCCCAAACAACUAUGCCCAAACUAAUGUAGCUUUUAGUCCCAAUGAGCAACUCUUCUUGACUGGAACGUCUAUUGAAAGGGAGAGCACCACUGGAGGUUUGCUAUGCUUCUUUGAUCGAGCAAAACUUGAACUUGUUUCAAAAGUUGGGAUAUCCCCCACCUGUAGUGUUGUGCAGUGUGCCUGGCACCCAAAACUCAAUCAGAUUUUUGCAACAUCAGGAGAUAAAAGCCAAGGAGGAACUCAUGUGUUAUACGAUCCAACCCUUAGUGAAAGAGGAGCCCUUGUAUGUGUUGCGCGUGCCCCAAGGAAAAAGUCUAUGGAUGAUUUUGAGGCAAAACCAGUGGUUCACAACCCUCAUGCUCUACCCUUAUUCAGAGAUCAGCCAAGCCGUAAGCGUGAGCGAGAGAAAGCACUGAAGGACCCACUGAAAUCCCAUAAGCCUGAACUCCCCAUGACCGGACCAGGUUUUGGUGGAAGAGUUGGCGCAAGUAAAGGAAGCUUAUUGACCCAGUACCUCAUGAAGCAAGGGGGUAUGAUCAAGGAGACGUGGAUGGACGAAGAUCCGAGAGAAGCCAUACUGAAGUAUGCCGAUGUUGCAGUAAAAGAACCAAAAUACAUUGCUCCAGCUUAUGCACAAACCCAGCCUGAAACAGUUUUUGCAAAAUCAGACUCUGAGGAUGAAGAGAAAUGAUCCGAGCAAGCUCGCGUUUAAGACUAUUCCCGCAAGCUCUUGCUGGCAGUUCACAGAGAUAGUGGCUCCCAAUCCAUAGUAGGUUGAGAAAAAUUCAUUUGCAGGCCAUCCCGGACAGAAACAGAAACCGUUCCACGCCUUAUUCUAAAUGUACUCGUGCCUUGUGAUUCGUCAAAGCAGCUACAGAAGCCAUGACAGACAAAACUUCGACUUUCAACUCGGAAUCAUUGUACGAUGAAGCAUUUUGAACACGAGAAAUUGUAACGACCCUAACUAGUACGGUUUGAUGGAUCGUUAAACGACCCUAGUUUACGGUAGCUGGUAAGAAUAUGUAUGCCUCUCUCUCAUGUUGGAAAGGUUUAAUUAGCAGUGAUAUCUUGUCUACAGAAA